CUUAAAGUUAAUUGGCACGACAACAAUGCGGUCAGUUCAACAUUAUGUCGCAUAUCGCAAAGAUUGGGGCUCUCACUGAUGAGUUGGUUACUACAUUGACGGGUUUGACUCCAAAAAAUAAUCCAACUCGAUUCAGCGCAUGUCGAGAAUCAGCUGUACGAUCAUUUCGAUAUGGAAACUACCCCAGGGUCAAUCAGUUCGACGUCGAGCAGAACCUCGUUGGCCUAGAGGAGAAAUUCAGGGUCUAUAAUAAAGAUGGCCUAGCCAAUGCCUUCCGGCAGAGGCUGGACGAACUCGGUGCCCAAUCUACGAAAUGGACGCCAGAGAUACUCCAUCUUCUCUUAGAGUUAUCAGACCGUCCUGUACACAAAUCUAGGCUGAAAGACCUUGAGUUCCUCAGCCCUCCAGAAGUGCACGUUGAGCCGACCUACAAAUGGAAAGACUUGGUCAAGGACGACCCUUUACUACGGGACAAGAUAUGGAGGAAUAUCGAUUAUACGCAGGAUAGUUCGGAAGAUGACGACUUAUACUCGGAUAGCGACUUUGAACCACCCUCGCCCACUGACACGACCCAAUCAAGCGUUUCUGGCAUACAUGCAAGUCAUCCGUCGGAUCUAGCCAUUGCUAUUGAUCCGACCAGCCUUAGCAGGCUACAUAAGGAGCAAUUCUGGAGAGCCACUAGGCGAAAACCUCUGAGCGUUGUGGAUGCUUACUUUGAGAAACCACCAACUUUCCCUAUCACAGAUCUACAAGCAAUUCGAGAGACACUAUUCAUGCUUAGGGGCCUUCCGACGACUUUAUACUCUGGUUUAGACAAGGCAGCGACAAAAGACAGCAAAUAUGCUUCUCCACCAUCAAAUCCGAAUACCGUUGAGGCGAUUAUCCGGCCUGCUUCUGGAUUCAUCUUAUCUGGCGUCUCCCAUCAUGUUUUUUAUAAUAUUCUGGACAAGUUUUCCAGCUACGGCACUUCUCUCAAACUUCUACGUACUUGGACUCCCGUCGACAAAAGACUCCCUUUACUACAAAGACUUCAUGAGCAGUUUCAAACUCGACUACGAGAGCUCGAUGAGAUCUUUUCUAGUUUGGAAGAGCCAUACUUGGCCCCCAUGAGCGAUGUGAUUGUCAGUCUCGCCGCGACAGAACAUGCCGUAGGUUCACGUAUGCUGCCAUUCGAAACUCUUGCAAAAUUGGUUCAGGAGCAUCAUAAGUCACCGCCCUUCCGAUGGCUAGAAGCACUAUACGAUGAAACGUGCAAGUUUCAAUUGGCAGAGAAUAACGACAUGUACGAAUUCAUGGGCAGUAUAUUCUUCGAGUGCUUUGCAAUAUAUCUACGACCGAUAAAGACGUGGAUGGAAGACGGUGAGCUAAAGGAAGGGAGUGGAUUCUUCGUCAAGGAAGAUGUAAAGAACAACGACAGAAUGAGGAUAUGGGAGAAGUACACCAUUCAAAAUGACGAAACUGGAGCACCAUACCAAACUCCGAAAUUCCUCCGCACAAGUGCACACAAAAUCCUUACGUCGGGCAAGAGCAUCGUUGUUCUCAAAGAGCUACAGCAAUAUAGGUAUAUGCGCCUGGCGUGGGAGUCGAUGGAGCCCGUGCUCAGCUUUCAAACCGUCUGUGGCGACCACGGAAAUUCCCUCCUCCCAUUUACAGAGCUCUUCGACUCUGCCUUUGAAGCGUGGAUAACGAGCAAGCACCGUUCUACGUCCUCGAUCCUUCGGACAGAACUUGUCGAGUCUCACCAUCUCGGCACCGUUAUAGAUGGCCUGGACACGGUCUACUUCAUGACCAAUGGUGCCAUAUCCAACGCCUUUACCAGCUCCAUAUUUGACGACUUAUCUCGGGGCACAGAAGAAUGGAAUAACCCCUUUUCACUCACUAGCCACUUGCGGUCCACGAUGGGACAUGGAGUUGGCAGGCAGCGUAUUAGCAUCAAAACCGCCCCUAGCACAGCUGACGUCUUUACCGCUCGGCGAACGGUAAAAUCUCUAGCUACUAUUGAGAUCUGCUAUGAUAUCCCUUGGAAAGUAGCACUUGUCAUCCGCCCAAUCACUCUCAACGCCUACAAAUGUAUAGCAAUAUUCCUCCUCCAAAUCCGCCGUGCUUCCUACAUACUUUCGGGGUCACAAUCUCGCACCACAUCCGCGCCACCGCUAUAUUACGGCCUACGUACGAAACUUCUGUGGUUCAGUAACACGCUCUACAGCUAUCUCACUGAUAUAGUGCUGAGGAUCAGCAUGGAGGAGAUGCGUAAAAAUAUGGCAACCGCUGACGAGGUGGAUGAUAUGAUUGAAAUCCACGAAAAUUUUCUGAAGAAGGUCACCACUCAGGCAUUACUUGGUCAACGCCUCGAACUCAUCCACAAAACUAUCCUGCAGAUCCUAGACUUGGCAAUCGCACUUGAAGAUGCCCAAGCAAUGCACGCUCUCCCUACGACAUCUCCUACCAAAGUGAUGCCCGAGGAGGCAGAAACGGAUUCCGACUCUGACAGCAGUUCUGAUUCCGAAGACGAGGGGGAUCUCAGCAUAUUCCCUGAUCAGAAAGAUACGCCAUACCCGGAACGUCUUCGAUUUAUUAAGACCGAACUAGAUAGGCUAUCACGCUUUGUCCUCGUCGGCUUAAGGGGCGUGGCUAGGGUGGGACAGGAGAGUAAUUGGGAUAUACUGGUGGAGAAAAUGGAAUGCGGGUUGAGUGAUGGCGAAGGCCGACGGGUGUAGGGGGCGAAACGAGGAUUGGGUUAUUUGCAGCCUGUGGGUAAUGCUGUAUUAUUAUGAAAAAUGAAAUGAGCGAAGUUUGUGGUUGGGCAUUGAAUUGGAGUCAGGGGCUUAGAUACCAAAAUAUGAAAGCGGC